AUGGUAUGGGAUCUUUAUUCUGACCAAAGUCUUAAAGGCACAACACGCGAUCGAAGAGGAGUAGGGAUUCGACAAAAGGAUCUUCCCAGAAAAGGUUUGAUGCCUAAGAAUUGGGAUGAAUAUUUAAAAAAUUCUCAAAAUAAAGAAGACCUCUUUUCGUACUUAGCUUCUGUACUAAUUGAAGAGGUAACGGAACUCCAUUUGGUAACUAAUGUAAAUUUGAAAAUUGUCUCCAAUCGUAACAAAUGCAGAAGUCUUGAAGGUGUGGACUGUUCAGGAAUGGAAGAAGCAGACAGUAGAAUAUUUUUGCACUUAAAGGAUGUGAUAGGUAAUUGCUUGGAGCUACACGUGAUGAUACAGAGACAAAGUGGUAACUUUGAGAUUACCAAAGGAGAAGUACCUGUGGUUACUGGACGGAUUAGGAUGGAUGAUAGCCAAGAUCAUAUUCUACCAUCUUCUAUAAUCAUAAAUAAUUUCAAUAAGGAUAAUGCAUUUUUGAGUUCGAGAGAUAUUUACAAGGAGCUUAGAUUGAGAGGAUACAACUACAAGUACCUAAUAGCUGCUUUUGUUAAAUCCUAA